UCUUCAUGCUCACUUGGAGCUUCGUGUACGCGCAUUGGAAAUCGACCCACGCGCUCCGUUCACCACUCUCAUAGCCCCUGAUUCCGCAAAUUUCGUUAUCUCACGCACGUUCUCGCCCCGCGUCCAAAAGUAGGCGACCGACGGGCAGAAAACCGCUCCUCCGUCCCCAGGAACGGAGAACAAGCGAACCCCAGAACUACUUCAGUCCAAUACGGUGCGGCCACGUGGCAAUGGUGCAUCUAACGGAGCUGCGGAUCGUGCUGCCCUUCACACUGGAGGAAUUCAAGCGCGGGCAGCGCUACGCCAACUGGAAGACCAACGAGGACGCCACGGAGCCCGGCCAGGGCGGCACCCUGCUGUCAUCCGCGCCCUACUACCACGAGCAGCACGGGGAGGGCCUCUUCACCCACAGCCUCUUCCGCCUCGGCAACCGCCUUCCCGAUUGGAGCUGGAUCAACUACCCGUACUUCCGCACCAUCAUCACCAUCCCCUUCUUUAGCAAGGUGCGUGUUGUUAGCACCAUCAUGACCAUCAUCACCAUCAUCACCAGCAGCACCAUCCGCACCAUGCGCACUACCAUCAGCACCAUCAUGCAUCCCAACUCACCCUCCUCCCAGUCCAUCCACUCU